AUGCCGCGGCCGCUGCGAUUGGGCGUCGGCGGCGGCGGCGACGGCGGGGGCGCGGCGACGGAGGAGGAGGAGGAGGCUGGGGGUGGGCAGCUGCCGAGCGGCUGCCAGAUGGAUCAAGGCCUGCUCGUGGGCCUCUUGUCCUGCAUCCCGCCGAUCUCUCUGGGGGAAGUCAUCGCCUCCACCAUCACACCCGACAGUGACAGCGGCGGCGCCGCCGCGGCUGGCGAGCCGGGCGAUGUCCUGGACGUCGCGCCGCCCGCGGUCCUGGCCGGCGCGCUAUGCUUUGCGGGCGUUCUGUCUGACGAGGCGGCGGGCGACGAGGACGAGGUGGGGGCGCGGGCGUGGGGCAGCCUGGCUCUCGAGGGGCUGCGCCCUGGCAUGGGCAGCCUCAACACAGCGGGCCUGUGGAGCGCGCUGCACGGCGCGGCGCUGCUGGGGCUCAACCCGUCGCCCGCGUGGCUGGUCGAGUGGUGCGGCGCUGCAGACGCGGCGGGCGCGUGGACGGUUGCGGACGCGGGGCUGGGCGUGGCGCUGAUGCUCAUGGCGGAGGCGCAGUGGGGCCAGAGCGAGGAGGAGGACGAGGCGCUGCGGGGCUGCGUUGGCAGUGUGCUCUGGCGCACCAAGGAGUGGAUGGACUCCGGGUGA